UUCAUUAGUGCAUUCAGAGUCCAUUUGUGGACAUAGAUAUAUCAUCACAAAAUUUUUUCUAGUGACCAUUGCUUACUUGUUUUAAUGAAUAACAUGGAAUUCCCUGUGUGGCUGUACACACAUUAAUGAGAUAAAGUGAAUCAUUUAGAACUGAUAUAUUUCUGUAUGAUGCAUGCCAGUGAUUUGACCUGUCAGUCAUUAUAAUGUUUCUCAGUCGGAGCAUCAGUCCAACCAACUGGACAAAAGAAUGGAAAUCGAACUUCAGGACCUUGGUAGAGAUCCACCGGCACAAUGUUCUGCUGGUCCUGUAGGAGACGACUUAUUCCAUUGGCAAGCAACUAUUAUGGGACCACCUGACAGUCCGUAUCAAGGAGGUGUGUUUUUCCUUACAAUUCAUUUCCCCACAGACUAUCCAUUCAAACCACCUAAGGUACGUACAUUAAAUGUUGCUUUUACGACUAGAAUUUAUCACCCAAAUAUCAACAGUAAUGGAAGUAUUUGUUUGGAUAUUUUAAGAUCGCAGUGGUCACCAGCACUUACCAUAUCAAAGGUGUUAUUAUCAAUAUGCUCAUUACUGUGCGAUCCAAAUCCAGAUGACCCUCUGGUACCAGAGAUAGCAAGGUUAUACAAAACUGACAGGGAGAAGUACAAUGAAUUGGCACGUGAGUGGACGCGCAAAUAUGCCAUGUGAUGCGCCAAUCUCUGCUGACUUCAACAUCUAAAAGCCACCAACAAGCAGCCCCAGCCUAUUGCCACUUAUGCAUCAGCACCGAUUGAAAUUAGCUAUGGCUCGUCUACUUUUAAACUUAAGCCAGUACUCGGGCUCGGAGAAUGCUCAGAGAAACGCGAUCGAUCUGAAGUUCCCUUCGUCCCGAGAGGCCUGCGAAUAUUGAGACGUUGCCACAAUGGCAAUUGAGGCAAUUUGAAAGGUGGUCACAUAACAUUAUAUAUAUAUAUAUAAAUCAGGAAAAAAAGAAACAUGUCCGCUUUGAUUUUCAUAAAUAAAAAAAAAAUGGAAGUAAAAUAUAGGAGAGUGAAAGUAGGAUUUGUAUUUGAAUUUAAUAGUUUAAUUUCUAAUCAUUGUGCUUAUUAUACCGUAAUUAUAUAUACCUACUUUCUCAGUGAAAUGAAAACCUUGAACUGACAGCACACCAAUUGUUAGUUUUAACGCAAAUGAGCAAUGUUUGCCCGUCCCUUGGAACGAUGCGGUCACUUUUUUGUAAGACUGGGCUAUAUAUAAAUACUACUGAAAAUAUA